AUGGAUGGGGCGCCUUCCUCAUCGACUGCUCCACAUGGAGGUGAUCAUGAAUGCAGACCCAAAAAGCCGAAAGGAAAUCACUACGAAGUAUUCUUGAGCUUUAGAGGGCAAGACACUCCCAAAGGCUUCACCGAUCAUCUCUAUACUGGCCUUCUUAAUGCAGGAAUUUGCGUGUUCAGAGACAACAAUGAGCUCCCCGUUGGUGAGGAGUUUGGUCAGGAGAUUCUCUGCAGUAUUAUACGGUCUAAGAUCUCCAUCCCGAUUAUCUCAGAGAACUACGCUUCCAGCACAUGGUGCCUUCGCAAGCUGGCUCAGAUGUUGAAGUGCAAGAAAAGCAGAGGGCAAUUGGUGUUACCCAUAUUUUACAAAGUUGAACCCUCGAAGUUACGAUAUCUUACAGGGAGUUUUAAAGCUGCUAUCGAUGAACAUAAAGAGAAUUUGGAUGAAUCGGUUGUGAAGGAAUGGGAAGAAGCGCUUGAAGAAGUCAGUUCCUUGAAAGGAUGGGAAUCGGACAAAGUUAAUGAUGGGCAUGAAGGAGAAUUGGUUACAAUUGUUGUGAGAAAAGUUGCAAGUGAGUUGAAAAGACAAUUUCUGCUAAAUAUUCCCCAACAGUUGGUGGGAAUUGAUGAUUGUGUGGAAGAGGUAAUGAGCUUGAUAGAUGCUAAAUUCAAUGAUACAAGGAUUAUUGGAAUUUAUGGACUCGGUGGCAUUGGUAAGACAACUCUUGCAAAGGUGUUAUACAACAAACUCUCCUGUCAUUUUCAGUUUCUGAGCUUUGUGGCAAAUAUUCGAGAAACAUCUCGUCACAAGGGUAUUAAAUGCCUACAAGAGCAGCUCAUUUCUGAUAUACUAAGAAGUUCACAUCAUGUGUCUAAUGUUGAUGAGGGAAUUGAUGUCAUCAAAUCUAGAUUUACAAGUGACAAAGUCCUUAUUCUUCUUGAUGAUAUUGAUGACAAGAAUCACUUGAAUGCUUUGGUUGGAGAUGGUAGUUGGUUUGAAGCAGGAAGUAUAGUCAUCGUCACAACUAGAAACAAGAGCAUUCUCGAUGAGACCGGUGUAGGCUGCAUGUACCGACUCAAUGGGUUGUCUUUAAAUCAAUCAUUGAUUUUACUUAGCAGACAUGCAUUUCAGGAGGAUUCUCCUCAGAGUGAUUAUUAUGUUCUCUCUUGUAAUGUCGUAUCUACUACUGGCGGGCAUCCAUUAGCUCUUCAAGUUAUUGGUUCAUUCUUACGUGGGAAGUCCAAAAAAGUAUGGAAAGAUACAUGGAAGAAAUUAAAGAAAGUGCCUGAUAAGAAAGUCCAAGAGACUUUGAGGAUAAGUUAUGAAGCAUUAGAUCAUAAGAGAAUGGGGUUGAAGUGUUAUAUCUUAUGUCCUUAG